UACAACUAAUUGAAACCAAUAUAAAGAUUACAACUUUUAACCAUUUUAUCACCACUUCCUUUUCAAAAUAUUUUGCUACACCGAAGAAAGAAAUAUGGGUGUGAAAGGCAAGUUGAUUGGUUCUGUAGAGGUGAAGUGUGGAGGACACUUGGUUCAUGAUAUUUUGCACACCAAUACUCAUCAUAUACCCAACAUAAGCCCCGGCAAGAUUAGCAAAUUUGAGAUUCAUGAAGGUGAAAUCAUAAAAGUUGGUUCAGUAGUUAGCUGGAAAUAUAAUGACGAUGGAAAAGAAAAGUUUGUUAAGGAAGUGAUUGAAGCCGUUGAUCUUCAGAAGAAAUCAAUCACUUGGAAAGUGAUUGGAGGAGAUCUGCUAGAGUUGUACAAUUCCUUUACUAUAAUCACGUCAUGUGAAGAUCAGUGGACUACAUGUGCAUUUGUGUACGAGAAAAAAACUGAAGAUACCCCAGAGCCUCUUGUUCCCUUUGGUUUUAUCCUUAAUUUGGUCAAAGAUUUGGAGGGUCACCUUCUCAAGUAGUAAAAGAUCAUUGGUAUCCGAUGGCUCUGUGUGCGCAUGCGCACUUUCACAUAUACACACACAUAUACGUGUUGUGUCUCUAUGCGUGAGUUUGUGUUAUAAUUAUAUAUUAUAUUUUGUAAUAUUGGCUAGUUGUAGCUAGCGCGUGAAAUAAAGAAUGUUGUGUUAAGAAUAAAGUAUAUGGCACUCUACUUCUAUUGAUGUAUUCUCAAAUCUCAGUGGCCAGUAUAUGUCAGAUAUUAUGGUUCUUUUCAGCUAUGAAAUUUACCUAUAACAAAUACAGGUUAUAUUUGUAAUUGUGCUA